AUGCAGUGGCCAUCAUUUACUCUUAUAUUAACGAAAAUAUUUUUACUUUACGUUAUUUAUAUAAUUUACAAUUUAUCUCUGUUAUUUGUAACACCAUCCUGUGACAAAAGCCAACGAUGUUUAACGUCCUAUUUAAGUAAAAAACCUCAAUUGCAACUGCAAGUUUAUAGUUCUGUCAACAAAUAUCCUAAUCAAUAUCAAGAGUUAGAUUUUGUAUAUGCUAAUGAAAAUUUUAAUUAUACACACCCAAGUAGCUAUCCCCUAACUUUGAAUAUUCGACGCAAAACAAGAAAUAAUGGAACAUUGUUUCUUCAUAUUAUAGUUGCACCAAGCUCUAGGAAGUUUGACAAAAGUAUCAUUAAUAUAGGAAAGGAUCCAUAUGUGUCUUACAUUGUUAUCAAAAUGACACAAUAUACAAUUCCUAAAGCAGAAACAUUUAAUUUAUUGGGUGAAAAGAAUAACGCUCUUAGAAACAAGCAAAGCUUAAUAGAUCCAAUAGCACAUAUUAAGAGCCAUGUAACAUUUACAAUAAUGACAAAUGAUAUUAGUUUACCUAUGCAUAAUAUACCUAUGGAACUAAUAAAUCAACUGAAAAUUAUACAUGGCAGAACAUUUUUACCUAUAGUUAAUUAUGAUUUCCUGCAAACCAGACAUUCUAAUUUAAUGCAAAUCAUGCCUCAUAAUAAUACAAUUAAUAUUACAUUGCAAUAUUCUCCAAUUUCUAUUGGAAAGUUAAGAUUGCUAUUGCACGUUGAAGUUACUUUGCCAAAAUUGAAAAGUCUUGGAUUUUCUGAUAAAGAUGUGGAUGAAAUAAAAGCAAUUUUUGCAGAUAUUAAUAUAUAUAUUUUAGGAGGGACCUUUUUCAUUGCCACUAUUCAUCUAUUGUUUGACUUUCUUGCCUUUAAAAAUGAUAUAAGUUACUGGAGAAGAAAAGAUAAUCUUGUGGGUCUUAGUAAAUGGACUGUAGUAUGGCGGGGAUUCAGUCAAACUAUAGUAUUUCUUUACUUAUUGGAUAAUGGUUCAUCUUUGCUUGUUCUUAUCCCUACUGGAAUUGGAUCUAUUAUUGAGAUGUGGAAAUUGAAGAAAGUGUUAAAACUUAGGCUUAAAAAUAAUAAUAUUAAAAAUGUGGCUGAAGUUAGAACAAGAGAGUUUGAUGCAGAGAGUAUGCAUUACUUAAGCUACUUGUUGUAUCCUCUUGUUAUUGGUGGUGCAAUUUAUUCCUUACUUUUUAUUCCUCACAAAAGCUGGUAUUCGUGGACCUUAAAUUCAUUAGUACCUGGAGUCUAUGCUUUUGGAUUUUUAUUCAUGCUUCCUCAACUUUUUGUAAAUUACAAAUUAAAAUCUGUGGCACAUUUACCAUGGAGAACGUUCAUGUAUAAAGCAUUUAAUACAUUUAUAGACGAUGUUUUCGUAUUUAUUAUCGAUACUCCAGCUGCAUACAGAGUAGCUUGCUUCAGAGAUGAUGCAGUUUUUCUUAUUUAUCUUUAUCAAAGAUGGCUGUAUCCAGUAGACAGAUCUCGUCUAGAUGUUGACGUUAUUACAGAAGAAGCUGUUGAUUUUGGAAAGUCAAAUAAAAUGGAUUAAAACGUAUUUGUUGUCCUUUUAAUAUCAUUUUUACUGUUUCAGUAAUAUAUAAUAACUUG